ACUCUGGCUUCCUUCUCAAAAACCCACUAUAAAACACACCCUCCACAGAAAAUCACCAUCACCCAUCAAAAUAAACAAAACAAGCAAGCUCUUGAGUCCAAGUCCUCAACACACAAUAAUAUGUCUACACUGAAAAUCCGAUCAAAGAAACCAGACGACAUUCGAGGUCUCGUGACGCUGAGGCUGCUCAUUCGGAAGCUUGUGCAGAAGGGUCUCUCCAUUUUAUCAGCCAGAGGCUUUCAUUACCACAGUGAUUUUGAUGAAGCCACAGUGGUGCCAGAAGAUGUUAAAGAAGGGCAUUUUGCUGUUUUUGCAGUGAAGGGCAACGAGGCAGAGAGGUUUGUGGUGAAAUUAGAGUCCUUGCAAAACCCUGAGUUUUUGAGGUUGCUAGAAGAAGCUGAGGAAGAAUAUGGAUUUGAACAGAAGGGGGCUCUUGCUGUUCCUUGCAGGCCAGAGGAGUUGCAUAAGAUUUUAGAAAACAGGAGGGAGAAGAAUAGUAGUAAAAAUAAUAUUAAUCUUACAGUUAUACAAGGAUACUAGCUAAGCUAGCUACCC